ACAAGAGAAGGUUCCGUCAAGGUUGCUCGAGAAUUGGGGGCACACACUGGUUACCUUUCUUGCUGCAGGUUUCUUAAUGAUAGGCAAAUAUUGACAUCAUCAGGUGAUAUGACUUGUAUGUUGUGGGAUAUUGAUGCAGGCAUGAAACUUUUAGAAUUUAAUAACCAUACCGGUGAUGUAAUGAGUUUGUCCCUUGCGCCUAAUCAGCAAAUCUUUGUUUCCGGUGCCUGCGAUGCUACUGCUAAAAUUUGGGAUAUUAGAACUGGUCGCUGCGUGCAAACAUUUACUGGUCACGAGUCAGAUAUUAAUGCUGUACAAUUUUUCCCUAAUGGUGAAGCCUUUGGGACUGGUUCCGAUGAUGCAUCUUGUAGAUUAUUUGAUCUUCGUGCUGAUCGGGAACUCAAUCAAUAUACACAUGAUAUUAUUCUCUGCGGUAUUACCUCCGUUGCCUUUUCCAUUUCCGGUCGUCUUCUUUUUGCGGGUUAUGAUGAUUUCAAUAGAU